UACAGUUCUCUACGACGUUUUCAUGUCCGAGUUCUUCAGGAAACAUCAUCUUCAAACGUCUGAGCCAUGAUCAAACGGAAACUGAGUCUCAGGUGGUUCGGGAGCCUCAGCAAUCUCUCGGGCCGCCGCUCCUCCUCCCCGGGCAACAUACAGGCCCCGGAGCCUGAUGGGAACCGAGCAGAGCCUGAUGGGAACCGAGCAGAGCCUGAUGGGAGCCGCUGUGGGAACCGAGCAGCAGCUGGGGACCAGUCCGUGGACGACAUGGAGGCGUGUCUCCACAGCCCCGGCUACGCCCGCUCCAGUGACAUGUACACACACGUGGGCACGGUGCCACGCAGCGACCGGCAGAAGAAGAGCUUCAAGGGUCUGAAGGAAAAGAUGAAGAGGAGGAAAGAGGAGGAGGAGGAUGGGGGGGUGAGUGGAGGGCAGGGCCAGUGCAAGGCGGGGGAGCAUGUCCCAGACUCCCUCCUGCUCAGUGCCUUGUCCAGCCUCACUCUGACUGGUCUGGACCGGCCUGUUCCUGUUCCUGUUCCUGCAGCGACCCGGCCGCUACCCGCCACUCCGACCCCCAGCCGGGCCUCACCUUUGACCUCUGGCCCCGAAGGCUUCAGUCGUCCUCCAGGAGAACUCGAUAAGAGCCGAGACAAGAUCAAGGAUGCUUUAGAAACCAGUAGACCUGUGAAAUAUCCAUCCAACAUGGCCACCACCGGACCCAAAGUGUCUCCAGCGCAGGACGUGUACGUCCCGAUGGACCCGAUCACCGAGGCCGCUCGAGACCCCCAGAGAGAGAAGCAGCAGAGAGACCCCCAGAGAGAGAAGCAGCAGAGAGACCCCCAGAGAGAGAAGCCGGGUCACGUGACCGACGGCAGUGGAGAGUAUGUGAAGUUCUCCAAGGGGAAGUUCUGGUUGGAGCCGGCGUCAGAGACUCAGAGGAAGCAGCUGGAGGAGGAGCUGAAGCUGAGCGGCACGAACCUGAAGAGCAACGCCUGGUACCACGGACACAUCCCCUGGGAGGUGUCGGAGAGUCUCGUGGGUAAACAUGGUGACUUCCUCAUCAGAGACUCCCAGUCCAGUCAGGGAGACUUUGUCCUCACCAGCCACUGGGAGGAGAAGACACUUCACUUCCUCAUCAGGAAGACGCUGGUUCAGGCCGGUGAGACGCACACCCGGGUCCAGUUCAGCCUGGGGGGGGGCGCCUUCGACACCUUACAGGCCCUGGUCCACUUCCACAUGGGCAGCAGGACGGCUCUGACCCCGUGGAGCAGCGCUCAGAUUCAUCAGCCAGUUACCAGGACGCUGCCGCUCAGUUACCUGGAGACGGCGUUCUGCACCGUCACCAGAGGGCCGGGGGGCGGGGUCACGGGUGGAGAGGACAGGGUCCGUCCCAGGAGUCCUUCCUCUCUCGUCCACAAGGGGGCAGACAUGAGCAGAGGACAGGACGGACAGACUCGGUCCACUUCAGGAGAAUCAACUCUCACUUCUCCAAACAUCCACACCUCACGGUCCAGAAGCCCUUGCUACCCUCCCACAACCCUUAUGGCUCCAUCUCCAUCCUUCUCCAGGAGCUUGAACACCACUCAGGCCACGCCCUCCCCGAGCAGCACCCUCACCAGACAGCGUAACCAUAGAUACCAUCCGAAGCCGGACCCUCCGUCCUCUGAUGCAGACGGAAGCUGCUACACGGAGCUGUACCCCGGUCCUCAGAGCUACGUGGAGAGGCUGUGGGCCGAGGAUGGGACUCUGGGUGUGGAUCCACUGAGGCUGGAGGACGGGAACGUGUACUUCUCACCCGUAGUGGAGGCGUUUUCUUCUUUCAAACCGAGCAGGUACACGUCCUCGCUGAUGCCUGAGCAGAAUAAGCCUUUGGAGGUUGGGAUUCUGCGAAGAGUGAAGGAGCUUCUAGCCGAGAUCGACCCCAGGACGGCAGCCCAACACAUCACCAAGGCUGACUGCAUGGUGGCCAGGAUUCUGCCGGUGACCCCGGAGGUGCAAAGGAUGAUGGGAGUCAGCUCCGGGAUAGAGCUGCUCACGUUGCCACAUGGCCAGCAGCUGAGACUGGACCUGCUGGAGAGGUUCCACACCAUGGCCAUCAUGUUGGCGGUGGAUGUGUUGGGCUGCACCGGGACCAACGAGGAGCGAGCUGGGCUGCUUUACAAAAUCAUCCAAAUCGCAGCCGAGCUCAAGAGCACCAUGGGAAACAUGUUUGGUUUUGCUGCCGUCAUGAGAGCUCUGGAGCUGCCGCAGGUGUCUCGUCUGGAGCAGAUGUGGACGGCGUUACGGCAGCGACACACAGAGGGCGCUAUUCUCUACGAGAAAACUCUAAGGCCAUUUAUGAAGAGCCUCAAUGAUGGGAGAGAAAGUUGUCCUCUGUCCAACACCACCUUCCCCCAUGUCCUCCCCCUCUUGUCUCUGCUGGAGAAGAGUGUGGCGUUGGGUGAGGGGACGGAGCCCUGGGAGACGUUGGAGGUCGGUAUGGACGUGGUCAUGUUCCACCUGGGGGCGGCGAGGACCAUCGCACAGCUGGGCGGCAUUUACCAAUCCAACGCUCAGAGCAAACUACAAGGUUUCCAGGAGCAGGCCGAGGUCCUGGAGCUCUUCCUGACAGACUUCCAGCUCAGGUUGCUGUGGGGUAGCAGGGGAGCCCCGGAGAGCCAGGCUCUGCGAUACACCAAGUUCGACCAGGUGCUGACGGCCUUGUCCAACAAGCUGGAGCCGCCUCUCAGAUCACACUGACCUCAGACCUGGACCAGUGGCCGGUCCCAUUCCCCCUCAUGGAGUCUGUUCUCAAUGAAACCUACUCAGCAGCUUUUGGAAGAGUUUGCACAAUGAUGUUUUAAACAGGGAGGUUCCUGCCACAAAUGCACACGAGUGGCAGUUUGACUUUGGACAUGUAACUCUGACUCUUAUCAAUGCACCGUCUCUGUCGGUCAGACACUUGAAAGCUGAAGCAAACCUUCCUGUCGCUCUUUGAUUCAGAUUCCUGAUGAAACUUCAUUCAGAAGGACGACUACAGGCUUCAAAGUGGUUCUGAUUCUUAAUGCUUUGUUUUUGUACCGUGUUUGAAACCAAGCCCGACUGGUCUGACUCAGGAGAAGCAUUCAAGAGUUGUUGAAUAAAUGGACGACCAGACCAGAUAAACAAGAUCAUUCAAAGACUUUACAACUGAUCAGUUAUUCUUUUAGAACAAAGAUUUCUCUGUUUCCCUGGAAUACUGUUAAAGAUGGAAUGAGAUGAAGGAGAUGGAGAUGAACCGACCCUGAAUACAAUGGUACAUCACAAAGGUACACAACGUUUGUACUGCCUUACAUAGCGUUAAAGUCUAAUCUGUAUAUGAAAUAUACUACUUUGCAUUUUAUUAGACAUAUCCAGGUCCAUCGGUGCAUCAUUAAUAUGUUAAUGAGUCUUACCAGAGGACUUCAUCUGUUCCACAGUGAACUCAAUAUUAAUAUAUGACCUAUCAUAUCAGAUAUGAGUGUAAACAUGUUGUUUGGUGCUUUUGUUCCUGAGAUGAGGCUGAGCCUCCGUGUGUCGAUUGGUUAAUAUAUAGAAAUGUUGUUGAUCUUAAGGCUGGACCUUCCCCUGAAUUCAAAUGUUCACCAACUGUAUCUUAUAUUGUAAAACCAAGUAACAUAAUAACAUUGU